AUGGUCACUCUGUUUGAUAGCUUUUCGAGCUUAACUUCAAAACUUGUACUCUGUGAACCUCGUGCUUGCACCGACCCCCGAUCCCAAGGCCUUGUGUCUGCGAAUUUCGGCAAUCAAAUCUCUUCUAAUUCGAAUGAGAAUGAUGUUCGGAUAUGGGAUGUGUGUCUUCUUCAGGCUUGUCAAAGGCUAUUUGAUCGCUCGAGUAACCAGUUUAUUCUGGCAGAAGUUUAUUUGUGCAUGAUGACUACUAGUGGCUUCGAAGCUAUGCGCCGAGGUCAUGGCCAAGUAACUCGGGAUGCCCUCGUGUCGCGUUGGAGUACUAUGGACUCGGCAGAUGAAAGAUGGCUAGUUACUUUCUUCGCGUUAUCCCUCCAUCAAACUAUCCUGAUUAACACAUUGAUUGAUGGUUCUUGGCAUCGGGUUUCAGCCUUUGUGGAAUUGAUCAUUCCCUUUGGUAAUGACCGCUGGAUGUUGAUGGUUGCUGUCCCAGAGAAACAGUAUAUGCGACUUUCAACCAGCGGACCAGCAAUGCUGAUUCUGGAUUUUCUCUCGGAUCUCAAAGACUCACUAAUUACCUUGAAUGGUUCCAAAACUACCUAG